CUGAAGAUCCUAUUGAUCAUUUGUACAAGUUUGAUCAGUAUUGUAGUUUGUCCAAGACAAAUGGUGUCUCUGAAGAUGCAUUCAAGCUGAAGAUGUUUCCCUUCUCUUUGGGAGACAAGGCACAUCAGUGGGAGAGAACUGAGCAGGAUGCAGAAGAGCUGGUGGAGAACAUGGCAAAAAGUGAUUCAGUCUACAAUGAGGAGUAUGAUAGAGCCAACAGAGGGGAUGACCAGCAGACAAGGAAAGAUAUCAAGUCUUUGCAAGACAAGAAAGAGCCCAACUUUCAGUAUAACAACUACCAGCAAAGACCCUAUUCCAACAACCAACAAGGUGGGUACCAGCCUAGGAACAACCAGCAAGGAAGCCAUCAACCUCAGCAGAACUCUCCUCCUGGUUUCUCCAACAAAGGAAACCAGUCUACUCAAGCCCAAGGAAGUUCUUCUCAACAUCAGGCUCAAGACACAAGUGUGGAAUCAAUGUUCAAGCAACUACUAGAAGCUCAGUCAAGAAAGGUAGAUGAGAUUGAGAAGCUAGUGUUUGGGACUGAGCUUGGGAAAGUUGAGCAAUUGGUUGUAGCAACAGCUGAAGCACAAAUGGUGGAUAAAGCUAUAGAAAGGGUUCAUGUACAAGCUGAAAGAAAAGUUCAAACAACGAAUCUGCAGAGAGCUGAGCCUAGGGUUGAGAAACCAGUUGAGAGGAGAGCUGACCAGAAGCUGAAUGAGGUGAAGCAAGAAGACAUUGAGGUUGAGCUGUCACCCUAUGACAAAGUCCCUUUUCCACAAAGAGUCCUCACCAAAGCUCAGAAGAAAGUUAUCUCCAAGUUCAGGAAAGAUCUUAGUGAUGUUGGGGUCAGGCUCCCAGAAAUCUCUGGUAUGCGUGAAGCUCAUGUCCAAAUGAUGCUCAUCAAGGACAUUCUAGACCACCAAGCAGAAGUGGCCGAGCUUUUGGACAUCUCUAUUUUGAAGAUUGAUCCACCAGUCCCUCCACAGUCCCUCCCUAAGCUAGAGUCUCAAGGGAAAUUCACAUUGUCUUGCUCCCUUGGUACGAUCACUAUGAAUGAUGCUUUGGUUGAUUCUGGUGCAAGUGUGAAUGUGAUCUCAUUGGAAAUGGUGAAAAGUCUUGGUAUUGAGAGCAUGGAGCCAAACACAUCUUCUCUUAUGUUUGGGGAUUCAUCUUCUACAACCCCCAUUGGCCUCAUCAAGGAUUUCCCUUUGAAGAUUGGAGCAUGCACAAUUCCUAUAGACCUCACUGUUCUGAAGAUGACAACUGAGAAGAGAGUUCCUUUGAUCCUUGGCACUCCAUUCCUCACAACAGUUGGAGCAUGUAUUGAUUUCCCAAACAAGAAGGUCACGCUCCUCAAUGUGAACAGGGCUGUCUCUUACCCAAUCCAGUCUCCAAUAGAUGUUGGGUAUUGUGGAACAAUCACUUGUGAAGAACCAUCCAUUGAGAAGACCCAAGCUAAAGUGGUUGUACCUGAGAAAGAAGGUCUUAUUGGAGAAUCUUCUCGAGAGUUGUGUGUUGAGCACUUGGAAAGUGCUAAAAGGGAGGAGGUGAGUAGAGCCGGAAAGGCUGCUCAUGACAUGACGAAGAUAGUGAAAGAACCUCAUCCUUCACCUUUUGAUAAGACUCCUCAGACUCUCACUCUCCACCCAAUGAAGCUCAAGGAUGGAGCCAUUGAGUACAAGAUCAAGUGCAAGGGCAGGUCCAAGCCAUUCUCAAGUACAAGAGCCAUCAUCACUCCUCAGCUUCGAAACGAUCCCAUCAAGCUCCAAGAGCUACUCUCUCAGGUCCUCACCAUCACUCUUGAAGAAGUUUCAGGCCAGCUCAAAGCUCAAGCUCUAGACACCCAUUACCACACUUCACUCUCCACUUGA